AUGGGAAACUCAAUGAGUCAGCGAGUGAACUCACCAUCAUCAGGUUUGGGUUUCUCCUUCUCCAACUCAGUCACCGGAUACCUCACCGCCUUAACCAAAAAAAGGUCCAUUUUCAUCCCAAAACAGUCAACGCCGGUGGGCCUCGCCGUCAUAUUCAAUGAAACAAUUCCAUUGAAUACCAAUUCCGAUUACAUCGUCUUUCCUCCGCCUCUCAUUGCCAUUCAUCUUCUCUAUUCCGCUCCAGGCGCGCUUUGGAACUGGGAACAUCCCAAGCCUCGAGAUUUUCCGGCUAAACACGCCUUCUCUGCUCGUGACGGAAUCCUGAUUCCGACAACCCCUGAUGACGUCAUUCACUCGGAGGAGUACACUUGUGUUGUAUCCACCAAAUAUGGUUACCGCAUUAUGACUCAUCUUUAUCGUGACACCAUCAUUGACUGCCACCCGAUACCUGAAUCCAUGGUUGCGGCAGCCCUUGGCCGUGGUAACCACCGUGGGGAAACUUCUGACGACCACUUCUUCGCCGAGAUCCUCAAGAAGUGUUACAUAUGCAGGGAAACUAUCAACAAGCAAAUGAGUGAUGUCAACAUGCAAAAGGAUGACGCUAAGGAAUGUGAGGACGAAGAGACGACAGAAAGAAACAUGGUUAAGGAAAACAAAAGUUAG